CCGACUAGUUUGGCAGUCACAGCAGUCGGGUGUCUCUGCGACGUGUUACCCGUGGUCAUCACAAGCACCCCAUUAAGAUCGAAAAUCAUAGCCGUCCAUCUUGCAUACUUAGCGACAGUCGGAUUUCGAUAUAUUUUCUCUCAAGAGUCCAUUUCUCAUCUGGAUUUGUUGCAGCUGAAUCGACUCGAAUCAUCAAAGCUUACCUGCCACAUUUCUUUCCAUGGCACCCAUUAGGGGUAUUUUUUCUUUGCAAAGAACAGCUUUGGUGCGUCAAAGUGAGAGGUUGGGAGUUGGCUUCAGGUCAUUCAGUACCCAAGCUCCAACAAAUGCUGGUGCUCCUCAGCCUCCGCCACCUCCCCCACCUCCGGAGAAAACUCAUUUUGGAGGCCUCAAAGAUGAGGACCGAAUUUUUACUAACGUGUACGGAUUGCAUGACCCUUUCCUCAAAGGUGCCAUGAAACGGGGUGACUGGUAUAGAACUAAGGACUUGGUGCUCAAAGGUACUGACUGGAUUGUUAAUGAAGUUAAGAAAUCUGGCCUCCGAGGACGCGGUGGUGCUGGUUUCCCAUCUGGUCUCAAAUGGUCAUUUAUGCCAAAAACAUCUGAUGGUCGCCCUUCCUAUCUUGUCGUCAAUGCUGAUGAAAGUGAACCUGGAACCUGCAAAGACAGGGAAAUCAUGCGGCAUGAUCCACACAAGCUCUUAGAGGGAUGCUUGAUUGCUGGGGUAGGAAUGAGAGCUUCUGCUGCAUAUAUCUACAUUAGGGGUGAAUAUGUGAAUGAACGAAUAAAUCUGGAAAGAGCCAGAAAAGAAGCUUAUGAAGCUGGGCUGUUGGGCAAGAAUGCAUGUGGAUCUGGUUAUGAUUUUGAUGUCCAUAUCCACUACGGUGCUGGUGCUUAUAUUUGUGGUGAAGAGACAGCGCUUUUGGAAAGCCUUGAAGGAAAACAAGGGAAACCAAGAUUGAAGCCUCCUUUCCCAGCUAAUUCUGGGCUGUAUGGCUGCCCCACCACUGUUACAAAUGUGGAAACAGUGGCUGUCUCUCCCACCAUUUUAAGGCGUGGUCCAGAGUGGUUUGCAAGUUUUGGCCGAAAGAACAACUCUGGGACUAAAUUAUUUUGUGUGUCAGGUCAUGUGAACAAGCCUUGCACAGUUGAAGAGGAGAUGAGCAUACCACUGAAGGAGUUAAUAGAGAGGCACUGUGGAGGUGUUCGAGGUGGAUGGGACAAUUUACUUGCUGUGAUACCAGGGGGUUCUUCUGUCCCACUGCUUCCCAAGCACAUAUGUGAUGACGUGCUUAUGGAUUAUGAUGCACUUAAAGCUGUCACAUCAGGAUUAGGGACUGCAGCGGUGAUUGUGAUGGAUAAAUCUACUGAUGUCGUGGAUGCAAUUGCAAGGCUGUCUUACUUCUACAAGCACGAGAGCUGUGGACAGUGCACCCCAUGCAGGGAGGGAACAGGAUGGCUUUGGAUGAUCAUGGAAAGGUUGAAGGUUGGGAAUGCAAAGUUGGAAGAGAUAGAUAUGCUUCAGGAGGUGACCAAACAGAUUGAAGGCCACACCAUCUGUGCAUUGGGUGAUGCUGCAGCUUGGCCUGUACAGGGUCUUAUAAGGCAUUUUAGGCCAGAGCUUGAGAGAAGGAUUAAGGAGCGUGCAGAAAGGGAAUUGCUGGAGGCUGCUGCUUAAGAAUUUUAUACAGGUUUCUACUUACAUCUUAUUCUUCUUAAGUAGACUUUAAAAAGAAAAUAUAGUAUGAUGUCCUAUAUGGUCAGUUAAUGUACAUGGGUUGUCGUGAUUAUUUGCACAAAGUUAGGAGUGUCAUGGAUAAAAGCUCAUAAAGUUUGGGCAGAUUGAUGGUCAAGGUUUUGCUUGUUUAUUCAAAUUAGGCUGUAAUUUCCCACCAGAAAAAAAAAAACAAAAAAGAGAAGGAAAGAAAAGAAAAGAAAAGAAAGAAAGAAAGAAAAGAAGCUUGAUUUAUGCUAGGCAUGUUGGAAGGUGAUCACUACAAUGCUGUCUCGUUUCCCUGUUUGGAGGAUGUUAGAACUGUUUUUAUUCUUGAAGAAGAACAACCGAAAUAGGGAAGGCAUGCCAGAAAUGAAGGAAGGAAAUUUUUUCCUUAGCAGCCUCUUGCACUAUGUAUAGGAUUUUAUUUUUCCUUGAAGGGGGUUGGGGGGAAGAGGGGAAUAAACCAUUCAAUCUAUAUCGGAACCUUUGACUAAGAGGAUUGGAGGGUUUUUCACUGUGAUAAAUUCCCUCCAACUAGUACAAAACCUUGACAACCCAUUUAUGCGGUGAUAAGGAAGGAAGUAUAAGGGUUACUAUCCCCUCCAAUAACAAUAAUGGACGAUGCAUUUUGUAUUAUAAGGGGGAAAACACAGGAUAACAAUGCAGAAAUAGUGUUUGAGGAUUAUCAAGAGCUACUGACCUUUUUAAAGGAAUCCAAGGUGGAUUUGUCAGUGAAGUAGAUACUCUAUAUGCUUUUGCCUAAAAUAGUACCUAUAUGCAUAUGCAUCAACACAUGUUCUGUUUCAGGUGAUUUUUGUUGCAGCAAUAAAUUUCAACAGCAUUAGAAUAUGUGGUAUCGAAUUUUUGGAUGAACAACUUUCCAAGACAUCUGAUUACAACUCUGUAGGACGAAUGCCCUCAAACAUAAGGAUCUUGAUACAUUUUUUAAUUUGUUUUCUCAAUUUUGUCCUUUCUAGCACCUGAAAGAUAAAAUCAUCGAGAGGCUAAAUAAUUGGGUUGUGUAGUCUGAUAGUGAAAACAUCCAGCACUACAUCGAGUAGACCCACCCAGGCAUUGCAAGCACGCUUUUUGGGAGGUGGAGAAUGCAUUUAGAUACUGACGUGUUUUCUAGGUUUCUCUUUAGCUAUUUCUAAUUCUAAGUGCUAUAAAUUUCCAAGGUUUUUUACCCGAGCUAUAAUAAGUUUUCUUUCUUCUGUGUAGGGAAUGCUUAAUUGGUGAACAUCUUGAAAUAAA